CUAAGCCAAGGUCUGUCCUCAUUACACAACUGCUUGAUCAGUUUACUUUGUUUUGUGUUUGAUAGUUUGUUUUCAUUGACUAUCUCAACCGGAUUUUUAACAGCAGUUGUAAGAACAAAAUGACUGUAGAAGUUGAGAGAAAAUUCGUUUGUGAUGCAGAAAUUAUUGGAAAACUACAAGAUAUUGGAGCUAAAUGCAUCGGUCAGUGGCAGUUCCGAGACCAGUACUUCGACUCACCAAAUUUCAUCCUCACGCUAAAAAAUUUCUGGUUGAGAUGCCGAGAGGGAUUGUGGGAGUUGAAAUGCCCUGCAGUUUCAGGAACUGCACCUGAUAAUGACACAGAGACCCUUUGUACACGAUACAGAGAGAUAACCAGUCUCCCUCUGAUUCAGUCAGAAGUCAGCAGGAUAAUCAGGGAACACACCGCUGAAGGGAGUGAAUCAAAUUCCUCACAAAGGGAACAAAUUGACAAAGUCGCAGAAAAUGAGGACACAGAGAUCUGUUCAGCAGAUGACACAAAGUGGCUGAAUGAUCUCAAUCUGGUCUGUUUUGCCGAGUUCAAGACCGAGCGCUGCUCUUACACGCUAGAGAGGGAGACCGGUGCAGUGCGGGUGGAUCUGGACCAGGCUGAUUUCGGACAUUGUGUGGGAGAGAUUGAGGUUCUGGUGCCUGAAGGAGGUGACAUGAAUGCAGCUCUGCAGAGGAUUUCAGCCAUUGCUGUAGAACUGGGUUUAAGCUGUGAGAAGAAAGUAAAGGGGAAAAUGCAUGUUUACCUUCAAAGAUAUCGACCUGAACACUAUGAAGAGCUUCUUAGUGCUCAAAUCUUAUAAGGAAUCACUAGUGUGGCAUAUAAUCAGUUUCAUUUAUGAUUCAUCCUUAAUUCUCAUAUUUUAAUGAGACAAUAAUCACUGGUGACAUAAUUUAUAGUGUAUUAUUGUGAUUAACAAAUAUAUUACUUGUGUUAACAUGAUGUACAGUAAUAUGAUGUACUGUACAUGAUGUACAGUAGUCAAUUAAAAAAAUUAUAGUAUAUAGGUAGUUAUCAUGGCAAUUUGGGUUAGUUAAACAGAUUAUAUAUAUAUAGAAUCACAGAUUAUAAUUAUAUGUGAUUUUUUUAAAAUUAAAUAUAAACAACAGUUUGUUUUUUUUCUAUUUCUCAUAUAGAUUUGAGUUAUUAAGUUCUAAGAUUGCUCUCUUUCUAAAAAAAUGACAUGUAUCGUGGACAAUAGGUAACAAAAAGCUCUUCAAUUAAGUGUGCAAUCAUUUUGUUGAGUUGCAUGCAAGUUUGAUGUGUUGGAUUGUCUGACCAAUAGAAUCAUGUCUUGCAUGAAUAUAAUAAAUAUCGC